AGUAUCAGUCAGUAAAACAGCGUACUGGUCAUCCCAACUCCCAAAAGGUGUGCAAGUUUGGAGGGGUUUGUAACCGGUUCAAAAGUUUUGAAGUGUGUAUUCAUUGAUAGUAGAUUCAGCGCAGUCAUAAUGCUUCAAGUACGAGUUUAUAACGUAUUUAACCAUGUUCUUGACACAAAUUGAAAUAGUUCGGAUUCAGACUCGAUACUCGUCCCGUCAUCAAAUAAAAAUGAGAUAAACCCGAUUUCCGCUAAGGGGUUGAAAUUGUCCAGUCCUUGCUUUAAGACCCUAAAGAUAACUACAGGCAACGGAAAGUAUCUUACGAAAAGUGGUGAAAUCUAUACGAUUUUUUUCUCCAUAGCUUUCGUAAUCGAACCAAUACGAUUUAUUGAAAUUUAUUAUCUGUUGUGAAACAAUGCAAACAGUCCCCAAAAGUGCCGUAUAAGCGUCAGUUCAGUGAACAUUGUUGAAUAAAACGUGAUUAAAAGUGCAACAUAAAUCGGCUUUAAAAAGUAACAGACAUGGCUAUUACCGUGAAUGCGCCAAGUGUUUUCCCGCAAGUUUUAGCAGCUGCUUUAGCAAGCCUAUCAGCUUUCAUGGGAGGAGCAGCAUAUGGCUGGUCAUCUCCCGUUGGAGUAAAACUAACCUCAAACCAAACAGAAACUCCUUUAGGCACUAGCAUUAGUCCCGAAUCUGAUGAGUAUGCAUGGAUAUCAUCAUUAAUGAUCGCAGGAGUUUUAUUGUCGCCAUUGCUGACAACACAUUUACCUGAUAGAAUUGGGAGAAAGUGGACUUUACUAUUCAGUUCCAUUUUUUUCUUGGUAGCCGACAUAUUGUUCAUAUUUGCCUACGAGGUUUGGAUUAUGUAUAUCGGCCGAAUCCUGCAAGGUUGUGGAGCAGGAUUUAUAAUAACAACUUUACCUUUAUACCUUGGGGAGAUAACUACAGAUAACACACGGGGACCAUUAGGAACAUUUUUUUCACUCUUUUUAACAGGUGGUAUCCUGUUCUCCUACGCUGUUGGAGCAUACACAUCUUAUUACGUGCUACAAUACGCAUGUCUAGCUCUACCAAUUAUUUUCACUGGAACUUUCGUUUUCAUGCCUGAAAGUCCUUUCUAUUUGAUUGCUAAGGGAAGAAAGGAUGACGCAAUAAAAUCACUCCAAUUCUUCCGACGGCAACCUGCAGAUAAAUUUGAAGAGGAUAUCAAAGUGAUGCAAGAACUCCAUGAAGAAGCAGCACAACGGAAGACAUCAAUUUGGGCUAUUAUCAAAAACAAAGGAAACUUAAAAGCAUUCCUUAUAUGUUGGGGAUUAAUAUCUUUUCAACAGUUAACUGGCCUUCAAGCAGUUUUAUUUAAUACUCAGAUAAUUCUGGAAAAAGCAAAUGCUGGCGUUGAUUCCGGUCUAGGAGCUGUUAUCACAGGAUCAUUCCAGUUGGUGAUCAGUAUCUUUACACCUUUAAUAACGGAUAACUUCAAGCGGAAGACUAUUCUUCUAUAUUCGACAGCUAUCGCGACAUUAGGAUUGUUGAGCUUGGGAACGUUUUUCUACUUGGACGCAACAAAUGUGGAUACCUCGUCUAUUUCUUGGCUUCCGCUUGUAUCGCUUAUUGUUUUCAUGACCUUCACAACGAUUGGAUUCACACCUAUACCUUUUGUGAUAAUCGGCGAAAUUUUUUCCGAGGAUAUAAAAUUCAUAGCAUCAGCAGUGCUAGCUGUAAAUGGAGCGAUUAUAACAUUUAUACUUACCAGAUUUUAUCCAGCUAUGGAAACGAUAGGAGACUACUUUCCAUUUUGGCUUUUUGCCGGUUUAUCUGUUCUCGCUUGUGUUUUUGUUUGUACUGUUGUUUUUGAGACCAAAGGUUUAAGUUUGAAAGAAAUUCAAGAUAAACUGAAUGGUCGUUAGUAUGAAAAUAAAUGUAUAAUUUGAAAAAUAA